GCUGUCCUAUUCUCCUCCCACAAUGCACGGCGCGGGGACAAGAUGGCGGCGCCCAGCGGAGCUCUCGGUUGCCUUGGUAACAUGCGGAUUUGGCUCCGCUGUGUGUCCAGGCCGCGGGGCCCCGGCUCUCCCCUCGCUCUGCUGAUUGGACCGAACCGCCUGUGCCAUGUGGGGGCGGUACCGGAGAGUCACGUGCAGCCCUCCUGCCAGGCCGCCCUGUCCCGGGUGAGCCCCGGGCUCCGCCUGCAGACUGACUUCAUCACCGGGGAGGAGGAGGAGGAGCUGUGCGGGGAGCUGGAGCCAAUCCUGAGGAAGAAGAGAUAUGAGAGCGGCCACUGGGACGAUGCAAUCCAUGGGUUCCGUGAGAUAGAGCGCCUGCAAUGGUCCCCGGGCUGCUCAGCAGUGCUGCAGAGGGUAAGAGAGAAAGCUUUCCCCCCUGGAGAGGCACAACUGUCCCUCGUCCAUGUCCUGGACCUCCAGAAAGAGGGCUACAUCAAACCUCAUGUGGACAGUGUCAAGUUUUGUGGCAGUACUAUCGCUGGGAUAUGCUUACUCUCCAGCAGUGUCAUGAGACUGGUUUGUGUCAGCAAUUCAGAGGAACGGGUGGACCUGUUGCUGCCAAGGCGCUGCUUGUAUAUAAUCAGUGGUACUGCCCGCUUUGACUUUACUCAUGAAAUUCUACGCAAUGAGGAAUCUUUCUUUAAUGGCGAACCCGUUGAACGAGACCGGCGUAUCUCUGUCAUCUGUAGAAAUCUGCCCACCAGUUGAUGACUCCGCAUGGUGAGAGAAGGACUUUGUGCCAGACCAUAACUGCCUUGUUUUACUUGAUACCUCCGCUAGCACACAGCCCUACUGGAUCCCAUUCCCUGAUCACUGUGUGGGAAUUUGACAGGCAAAUUGUUUACUUGUGAAUUGUGAAAGAUUCACUACCUUAUGACAAGCAGAAACUAUCAUUGUGAUUCUCCAAUUUGUAUCUAUUGUUGUUUGUAUUAUAUGGUGUUUCUUUAAUAAGGUCUGUGUGUCUUAUCUUAAAGGGGUUGUAAAGGUA